GUCACGCUCCAAAAUAAUGCCCGCGGAGCCCGAGCGACAAUGCAAUGGAGGUCGCUCGUCCUGGGGCUGGUGUUGCUGAGGCUCGGUCUCCAGGGGGUCCUGUGGCUGGUCUUCGGGCUAGGACCCAGCAUGGGCUUCUACCAGCGCUUCUCCAUCAGCUUCGUCCUCCAGCGGCACGGGGUGGUCAAGAUCUCGGUUCCCUUCUCGUCCUCGGCCCGGGCCGGUAGCGGAGAGGCGGCGUCCCCGUCCUGGCUGGAGCCCCCCGGCACCAGCGGCGGCCCGGGGGGGGGCCCCGAAGCGGGCCCCGAGUCCGGACUGUGCAGCGCGUCCCACUGGGGCUACCUGCUGAGUGGCCGGGGCCCGGCCGGGGCCGCCGGCGAGGACGAGUACGAGAAACGGUACAGCGGCGCCUUCCCUCCGCAACUGCGGGCCCAGAUGCGGGACCUGGCCCGCGGAAUGUUCGUCUUCGGCUACGAUAAUUACAUGGCCCACGCCUUUCCCGAGGACGAGCUUAACCCCAUCCACUGUCGGGGCCGCGGCCCCGACCGGGGUGACCCUUCAAAUCUGAACAUCAACGAUGUCCUGGGAAAUUAUUCAUUAACUCUGAUUGAUGCAUUGGACACCCUUGCAAUAAUGGGAAAUUCUUCAGAGUUCCAGAAAGCGGUGAAAUUAGUGAUAGACACAGUUUCAUUUGACAAAGACUCAACAGUUCAAGUCUUUGAGGCAACAAUCAGAGUCCUGGGAAGUCUUCUCUCUGCCCAUAGAAUAAUCAUUGAUUCCAAGCAGCCUUUUGGGAACAUGACCAUUAAGGAUUAUGAUAACGAGUUAUUACAUAUGGCUCACGACCUAGCUGUGAGGCUACUACCUGCCUUUGAAAACACGAAAACCGGAAUUCCUUAUCCUCGGGUGAAUCUAAAGAAAGGUGUCCCCCCUGAUAGCAAUAAUGAGACAUGCACUGCAGGAGCUGGCUCCUUGCUGGUGGAAUUUGGGAUUCUUAGCCGGCUGUUGGGGGAUUCCACAUUCGAAUGGGUGGCCAGGAGAGCCGUGAAAGCCCUCUGGAAUCUCCGAAGCAAUGACACUGGAUUAUUAGGAAAUGUUGUGAACAUUCAAACUGGCCAUUGGGUUGGAAAGCAAAGUGGCCUGGGUGCUGGAUUGGAUUCGUUCUAUGAAUAUCUCUUGAAAUCUUACAUUCUCUUUGGAGAAAAAGAAGAUUUAGAGAUGUUUAAUGCUGUGUAUCAGAGUAUCCAGAACUACUUAAGAAGAGGCCGUGAAGCCUGUAAUGAAGGUGAAGGAGACCCUCCACUGUAUGUUAACGUCAACAUGUUCAGUGGGCAGCUGAUGAACACCUGGAUUGAUUCCCUGCAAGCUUUUUUCCCUGGACUGCAGGUUUUAAUAGGGGAUGUGGAGGAUGCCAUUUGCCUCCAUGCCUUUUAUUAUGCCAUAUGGAAGCGAUAUGGUGCACUUCCAGAAAGAUACAACUGGCAGCUACAGGCUCCGGAGGUCCUUUUCUAUCCACUGAGGCCAGAGCUGGUGGAAUCGACAUAUCUUCUGUACCAGGCAACCAAGAAUCCUUUUUACCUCCACGUGGGAAUGGAUAUUCUCCAGAGUUUGGAGAAGUACACAAGAGUCAAAUGUGGUUAUGCUACUUUGCACCAUGUUGUAGACAAGUCAAAAGAAGAUAGAAUGGAGAGCUUCUUUCUCAGUGAGACCUGUAAAUAUUUGUAUCUGUUGUUUGAUGAGGAGAAUCCAGUGCACAGAUCUGGAAAUAAGUAUAUGUUUACUACUGAGGGACACAUCGUGUCUGUGGACAAACACCUUCGGGAUUUACCCUGGAAAAACUUCUUUCCAGAGGAUCAAGGGGAGACUGAAGUGGAAAAACAUAUGCACAGAUCCAAACCUGCAGAAUUAAAAGUUAUCAACUCAAGCUCAAAUUGCAAUCGAGUUCCUGAUGAGAGAAGGUAUUCUCUGCCUCUGAAAAGUGUCUAUAUGAGACAGAUUGAUCAGAUGGUGGGCCUGAUCUAAGUUGUUACUGUUUGGGUAGCAAUAUAAAAAGAAGCAUCUGAACCGAUGGAAGAAAGAAUAUGGAUAUUGGGUCAGGAAUGAUGUAGGCAAUUCUUUCCAACUGCACAUCUAUUAUAAUGUACAUGCAUAUUUUAAUGAUUCUCUGUUCAAUAAAAAUGCCUCCAGGUUUGUGUAGGAUUUAAUUUGAAACUGAGGAGGUCGUAGAUUGCCUAGUUUGCCAUAAUUUGCCACCUGAGGAAAAUUAAGAGUGCCAAAGCUUGAUUAGUCAAUUACCAACAAAGGUUGAGUACUUUGGGAUUUACAACUCUUUUAAAAUUUGCUAUCACUUGCCAUAAAUGCAGUAUUGCUACCUCUUUGUUCUGGGAUUAUGACUGAAGUCCCUCUGAAAAGAUCUGAGCUUUACUUGGAAUAACUUUUUGUUGUCUCUGAAAACUCCAGCUUUUCCUCACUAAUUUCAUUAUUGGGCUGUUCUCCCAGGUUAGCAAUAACCCAUUCUUUUAUGCAUUAUUGGUUUGUAUAAACCAAUCUAGAAAAAUCAGGCAUUGAGCCCAAGCAAUCCUCAUAUGUUUGUUUCACUUCUGAUGAAGCAAUUAUUCUAGUCAACCUUAACAUGAAAUCAGAUUCUACACAAUGGCUCAUUGUAUGGAGACGGUAAUAGGCAGAUUGGAGUUUUAAUUUGAACAUAAAUUUAGGGACCUGAAGAGCAAGACCUGUGCCGCUCAAAACCCCGAUACCUUGGAGAAAAAGAAAAUGCAAAUAAGGAACUCAGAGCUCUUAUUUUGUUUAAACGUUUCAGGUGCUCCCAUAUGUGAUAACCAAGUUCCCUGUUCCUAAUCUGUUUUGGGCUAAAAAUCUCUUUCUUGUAUCUAGUGCCAAUAUAGAGGGAUGUAGAAGGGGAAAGAUUAUAGAAAUGAGUGGGACCAGAAUUCCUCUAUUACAUUCCUUGAGCAGUUCCAACAUCCGCAUUUUAGGUUAGUGCCUUAAAAUAACUUUGGUCAUAAGAAAGCUAAGCUGCUAAUUAUUUUAGCGAAUUUGUUCAGGUUAGACUCCCCUGGGCUUGUAUAUAGGAAUAGAGGAGCUAAGUACAGAACAGCCUAAGGAGUAGGAGUUGUUUGCUUUUUCUUUCUCCCAAACUGGACAGAUCCAUUUUUUCAGCCUAAUGCAGUUUGUGAGGCUUGCAAUUUAGUAAGAGAAUGGAACUGAAUCUAGGUAAAGGUCCAUUUUUUGGGGGAUGUAUAUCUGAACUAAAAAAAAAAAAGAGGUCCUGCUUGUAAUUUUUUCAAGGACAACUGAAUUUCCAUGAGCUCAAAUGAUGCCAAACUGGUGAGGCUGAAGAUGCAGCCCAAACCAGAAUUAAACUUGGAAAAAUGAGUGGUUUGAUUCCACGAGGUAUUAUAUCCUCGGGUACAAUACAUUUCCACAUAAAGAUUUAGCUUUUAAAAUCCAGUCUCAUGUGUCCACUUGCCACUGUUUCUCUCUUCAAUCUGCUUUUUUUCCUCAAACCAUUUCCUAAGGAAAUGUUGUUCGAGGAAGGAAACGGCCAACUAGGCCAUAGCACUCAUCACACUGGAGAGAAUAUCCACCUUGAGCCGAAUGGGAACAGUUCAAUUCCUUAUUGUAAGUACCAUACAUUUUAGAAUUUUUUUUAUAUAUUUAGGAAGACUAUUUUGAAAUACUUGGUAUUUCUAAAACUUUAGGCUCAAUUCUUAUUUUUCAACUUGACAUGACAAAUUUUUUUCAUUUUAUGAGAAUAGGAAUCAAAGAUUUUAAUGUUUUCAAGUAUUAUUUUGCUCAUGAAAGCCUACCCCAUUUGCCAUCAGCUUCCUUUAGUUGGAUCCUCUGUUACCAUUCCCUUUUCCAGCAACCCUGCUAACGCCAUCGAGGUGAAGGCAGAGGUGUGUCUGGGUGGGAGAAUCUGGGACUGGAGGACUGAAAUAUGCACUCCCAUGCCAGCAGUGAGAAACAACCCUCAUAUUGCCCACUCUCAGCUUUGCUCCUGUCAGACUUCUUCCCUGACACCUUUUGGUGACCAUAGGUCCCUGUGCUUGCUCUUUCUCCUGCUUCUGUUAUUUUUAUUCCACUGCUCCUGAUCUUCCUCCACUGCUCCUUCUCCUCCUGCUCUUCCUCCACUUUUUUUCUUCCUCCCCACAUCUCUCACCACCUCUUUUUCCCCCCAUCACUGCUUUCACGCCUCUUUCAUCAUCUCUGCUUCCUCCAUCCCUCUCCAAACUCCCUUACUGUAAACAUGGGUGUUCCAGGCCUGAACUCCUUUUUCUGCCACUCAUACAUCUCAGGGACAUCAUGCUAGACUUUCUGAAUAUGAAACAAAUAAUGUUGUGCAUUUAGCCAGGACUUUCUUGUCUUGUUGCACCUGUAUGAAUGAGAAUUUUUGCGAAUCAGUGGUUUCACUAAAAUCCCUCUAUUUAAGCUCCAUGCCAAAUCAAAGCACACUCCCAAGAUGCUAAACCCCAAUGGUUGAGGGCGAAAGGCCAAUGGUACAUGUGGCCACGUGCCACAUAUCAUUGUAAGUGACAAUUCAGUCUGAUAGCUAUUGGCGAGAGAAAGCAAUGAGUUCUGUUUCAUCAUGUGAAUGUUUCAUCAUGUGAAUGAGAGCAUUUUUUGUCUGCCUUGAGAAGCCUGACUGCUCCAAGUUUGCUUCGGCACGCACAAACUGAAACAUAUUUGCAAAAAAAGCCUGAAAAUCAUGUGCCUACAAAGAUAAGAUUUGAGUGUUGAAGGGAUGAAAAAAGCCCAACAUAUAGGACUGGUUUCAUGUACGUCUGUACUGCACAUGAUCAAAAGUAGGUUUAAAACAGAAGUACUAGCCAGCUUUGUGACUUUACUAGCCUUAACUCAGAUUUUUACAAUUCCCUUUGGAUGCUGCGCUGAGGCCUUGCGGUAGGAAAUAUUUCCCAAUUUAGCAGUUCCCAUGCUCACUAUGCCCUGUGUGAUCUCCUCUUGGAUUAACAUAGGAUCAGUGCACCAGGAUGGAGACGGCCUGCACCUUUUGGUAAUCCGUAUCUCUCUGUGUAAAACAGAACACUCGGACUUUUAUAUCCCUUUUCAUAAGGCCUGAAGGGUUUUGGACAUUUGAAAGCCAGUGGUGCAAGAACUCUGCCCUCCCAGGAUUAGUGUAGCAUAAGCAGCCUCAAAGUGACCCUUCUCUUCACUACCCCACUGUUGUACCUCCACUCUGUCCCAUGGAGUUGGGUGGGGGGCGGGGGGAACCCCCACAGUGAGAGGAAAAAGGCCUGGGUUCCAGAAAUGAGCUACAAACAUGGCAGCUGUGAUUACACAGAAGUUGGAUGGAAGAUUAGAGCGAAAUGUUAUCCCUUAGACCGUGGGAUAGGUUAAGUAUAGUACACACAUGAACUAAAUGUGAACCAGGUAAAAUGUUUACCUGGAAAAUUUCAGAUCAUUCACCUUCCCAUAGCCUCUUAAUGCAGGACACAGGGCACAGUUUUUAUUCUGCACUAGAAUGAAAAAAAAUCAGUUUUUUUUACAGUGUUGGAAACUGCUGGGAUAACUUGUUGAAAUAUAUAGGGCUAUUGUGCUUUUUCACUCAGUGUAAUGUGCAAUAUAAUUUGCAAUUAUAAUUGGUAUUGUUAAUCUUUGUAAAUAAGAAAUGUAUUUAAAUUGAAGGGGAACUUUUUUGUUUUAAAAGGACCAAAUGUUCUUUUAUAGAUGUUUUAAGGAAUAUUUUGCUUUCUGAAAUUUAUUAGUGUUUUUACAAAUAAUUUUUAUUAAAAGAUUAUCUUUUUUGAAUAGUCA